AUGGCCUCAGCAGCUCUCCUAGGGAAAGCAUUAGAAGAAGCCACUUGUUUCAUCCGCCUGGAGUAUCUGACAGAGCCGGUGACCAUAGACUGUGGGCACAACUUCUGCUGAGACUGCAUCACCCAGUACAGUGAGCAAAGGGAGCCUGAAUCAGGCACAAAGAUGAUGGGCAGUGCGUUCUAUGGACCCUGCCGAGCGCUGUUCCAGGAAGGGAAACUCUGGCCCAACAGGCAGCUCGCCGAUAUUGUAGAGAACAUCAAACAAUUGGGGUUAAAGCCAGGGAAUGCACAGAAGGAGAAUCUUUGUGAGAGACAUGAGGAGAAGCUCCAACUUUUCUGUGAGGAGGAUGGAGAAGCCAUCUGUGUGGUUUGCAGGACAUCCUGGGCUCACUGA